AUGCCCGCAGUAACGACGUCCAUCUACCCGGAGGCCCUUACGGACAAAUGGAUGAAGAGGAAAGGAUGCUUCCAGGAUCAGUUUGACGACAGGGUGAUGCAUGCCGGCACUUCCAUGCCGGCGAUCGAGGGGAAGACCAUCGGAAUGACCCGCGACAACUGCAUGGCUUACUGUCACAACCACACCAAGAACUACAAGUUCUUUGGUGUGGAAAACGGAGAGCAAUGCUUUUGCAGGAAUGGCAGCAAAUACAAACGCCAUGGCGAGCUGGACCCGUCCAUGUGCUCCACGGAAUGCGCCGGGGACCGCACCAAAACUUGCGGAGGGUCCAAUGCGAUCGAGGUCUUCAAGAUCAAACACCUCAGCAACGACAUGGGUGUUCACGUCCCUGCUCCCAGUCCUCUCGACUACGAAGGGUGCUACCUCGACGUACGGCCUGAUCUGGGAAUGGAUCGCGAAGAGAUCGAUCUCUACACGAGCGCCAGUCCAGAGGCGUGUGACAAGCAUUGCGGCGAGAUGAGCUACCCGUUCUUCGCUCUGAAGUAUGGAUUCAUAUGUUCGUGCGGAAACAGCGUGCCAGACGAGAGCCGCCGGGCAGACGACUGCCUAUGUUCUACGGUAUGUAUGCAGAAGACACCACGAGGGAAGUGA